AUGUUGAAGGUGAUUCUUUCCAGUACGGAACUUAUUAAGAAAUCUUACAUUUAUGGCACCCUGGAUCCUUGGCUAGGACAAGGUCUUUUAACUUCGACAGGAGAAAAAUGGUUCCACCAUAGGAAAAUGAUUACACCAGCUUUUCAUUUUGGAGUAGUUGAUACAUUUUUUGAAAUAAUGUCAGAAAAGGCAGAAAUACUCAAUCAAGUUAUGGAAGAAGAAAUUAAAAAGAAUCCGGGAAAACCAAUCGAUUUUUUUGAUUUCGCUAAUAGAUGUGCCCUCGACAUCCUUUGUGAAACAGCCAUGGGUGUGAACGUAGAUGUCCAAAGGAAUCUUGAAAAUGAAUAUAUGGCCGCUCUCCCAAAAGUUGCUGAAAUAGCUCUCAAAAGAAUGUAUCGACCUUGGUUGGCACUAGAUUGUAUAUUUUACAGAACAAAAUAUGGAGCAGAAUUUAAAUCUGCUCUUGAUACCAUGAAUAAAUUUACGAUGGAGAUCGAUUCCAAUGGUUUUCUGAUACCUUCAAUAAAUUUAAAGAUGGUCUUAUGA